AUGCCUUCGCCUACACUGACCAAGCUUCUGGACCCGAAUAUCGACACCAUCAUCAACCCUUUCGUCCCGCACAACCAGGUCCGACACUUUCCAACACCGAUCGCGCAUUUUCUGGGUUACCGCAAGACACCUUCGAAAGAGCCUCCGUCGACGGUGCAAUGGCUGAACACAGUGCUCGCGACAGUCGCCGGCAUCUGCGUGGUCGGAGCAGUAUACAAUUACGCCCCAGGCGUAGCUCAGUACAACCCUCCGACCAUUGUCGCAUCGCUCGGUGCCAGCGCGGUCCUCGACUACAACACCGUUCGCUCUCCGCUCGCACAACCUCGCAAUAGCAUCGUUGGCCACACCAUAGCCGCGAUAGUGGGCACGGGUAUUUCAAAAGCUUUCCAGCAUGCGCCAUCAUUCUUCGCGAACUACGGAUGGGUCGCUGCGGCAGUGGCGUGUGCUGCUUCGAGCGUCGCGAUGAGCAUGACGAAUACAGUACAUCCACCGGGCGGUGCGACAGCGAUCUUAGCAUGCACAGAUGCUACAGUAAUAGCGCUAGGAUGGAUGUUCCCAGCGUUGAUGCUGCUGGCGAGUGUCCUGAUGGUGGCGGUGGCUUGUGUCUUCAACAACGUUGCCAGGCAGUAUCCGGUGUUCUGGUGGACGCCUGAAGAAGUGGGACGGAAGCUUCCUCGUUGGAGUAAAGAAGAGUACGCACAGGACGAGGAGAGCGAGGCGGAGAUGAAGAAGGUGGAUUCGGGGAGUGAUCACACCCUUGCACACGAGCUCAGUAACAACGUGGAGUUCGAGGAGGGUUUGUGGGAGAUCAGGGUGGAGCCGUACAAGAUUCGCAUGCCACAUCAGCUCCAACUGAGCGACGAGGAAGUCGAGCUGUUGAAGCAGCUCCAGGCGCGAGUGAGGAUGCAUUCGGAGGUGAACUAG